UUGUUUGUGGAGUUACCUCUCCUGAUGGUCUCUUCUGCUAAAGCCUCUUGGGUUGCAAAGUACUUGGGAAAUAUCAACAUCCCUCUUAGAGAUACAAACAAGCAGAGCAAGGAAAUCACGCACAGCAGGGAGUCAGUGGUGGAAGGUUAGGGCCGCUAAGUCGUCUACACUUGCACUCAACUAUCCUGCCUGGCUGCCAGGCAAAUUGCAACUGGAGAAACACACAUAGUUUGGUUUGGAGAGAAGAACUGAAACCGAUUUGGGGCUGUUCUCCAGCCUAAUGGGCAGCUGCCCAUGUCAACAGUACGCAGGCUGGGGAUGAGAUGGAGGGGAUGUCAAAAAAAGAAAGUAUCUGUCGUUUCCCUUCCUGAAAGGGCUGGAGCAGUCAGAGCCUUUUCUCAGAAAUGAGGAUUUCUAGGCUUAAAGCACCUUUUUCCCACAGACUCCCAUCACACUCGCCAAAGCUGUUAAAUCCUCUGAACUGUGGCCAGCAGUAGCCCCACCACAAGAGAAUCGUGCUGGAGCCAUUAAUAUUUCACCUCCAGUUGUCUUUUACUUUUCAAGCCACAAAUCCUUCUGUUCCUACCAAAAUCAGCUCAGCACUGGGUCUUGCUGACUGUAAUAUCCAUGAACUUGUACAGAAAGAGCAAGGAAAGGGGCUGGGGGAGAAGAGUGGGGCUUCCCUCACUCAGGGAGGCAGCGACUUCUGCUCACCCUUGGCUGCCUGCCUGGCACCACGGGGAGCACAGAGUCCACCUGGUGUCCUCUGAAACCCAGGGCUCCUCAGCAAGUUGUUUGUAAAGAUCCUUAGUGAGGGCUGAAGCUGUAUAAAAAUCCAAAGACCUCAACAAGAAAUAUCAUUGGGGCACUUUUCACAUUCUGGUGCGGCCCUCUGGGAACAGCAGAUGUGAGCAGGAAAAUGGGAUAUUUUUGUGGCUUGUAGAGAACAAGUCCUUCUGAUGGAGGACAGGAAAAGCUACGGAAGGCUAAAGCCUGAAGUCAUUGGCCAGGCUCUUACAGCUUGGCUGAGCUCAGUUGCCCUGUGAUUUAUUGCAACUGAAAAUGAGCUUAAGGCAAAAAUGUCAAGGCAAGUGCAAGCUCGGAGGCUGGAGGGAAUAGAUAAGAAUAUCUGGGUGGAAUUUGUAAAACUGGCUGCCACCUACUCCACAGUGAACCUGGGCCAGGGCUUCCCUGACUUUCCCCCACCAGAUUUUCUGAAGGAGGCAUUUGUGAGAGCCCUCAGCGGGAAGAACCACAUGCUGCACCAGUACACCCGUGCCUUUGGCCACCCACCUCUGGUGAAGAUCCUAGCCCAGUUUUUUGGGAAGCUGCUUGGACGAGACCUGGAUCCUAUGACCAAUGUGAUGGUGACUGUGGGGGCAUACCAGGCUCUCUUCUGCUGCUUCCAGGCAUUCGUUGAUGAAGGAGACGAGGUGAUAAUCAUUGAGCCCUUCUUCGACUGCUAUGAACCGAUGGUGAAAAUGGCUGGUGGGACGCCCGUGUUUGUCCCACUGAGACCGAAAGCUCCAAAAGAUGGAAAAUUGAUGUCUAGUGCAGACUGGCAGCUGGACCCAGAUGAUUUGGCUUCUAAAUUCAAUGAACGGACAAAAGCCAUCGUCCUGAACUCACCAAACAACCCUCUGGGCAAGGUAUUCAGCCGAGGGGAGCUGGAGCUCAUUGCCGACCUGUGUGUGAAGCAUGAUGUCCUGUGCAUCAGUGAUGAAGUGUACGAGUGGCUGGUCUACGAUGGGAAGGAGCACAUCCGCAUCGCCAGCUUGCGGGGGAUGUGGGACCGUACGGUGAUCAUUGGGAGUGCUGGGAAAACCUUCAGUGCCACUGGAUGGAAGGUGGGCUGGACUGUGGGACCCAACCGGCUGCUGCAGCACCUCCGUACCGUGCACCAGAACUCAGUGUACCACUGUGCCACCGUCGCCCAAGAUGCUGUGGCUCAGGGUUUCCAGAGGGAGCUUGAGCUUUAUGGAAAACCAGACAGCUACUUCAUCCAACUGCCCAAGGAGCUGCAGCAGAAGAGAGACUGGCUGAUCCAGAGCCUGGAUGCUGUGGGCAUGAAGCCCAUCGUCCCCGAGGGCACCUACUUCUUGGUAGCUGACAUCUCCAAGUUCAAAUCUGAUGUCCCUGAUGUCCCUGACUCCGAUGAGCCCUAUGACUCCAGAUUUGCAAAGUGGAUGGUCAAGAAUAAGGGCCUCGCUGCCAUUCCGCUCUCCGCUUUCUACAGCGAGGCCCACAAGAACAACUACAACCAUUUCAUCCGGUUCUGCUUCGCAAAGGAGGAAGCCACACUGAAAGCAGCAAAUGACAUACUGCAAAAAUGGAAACAGGAGAAAACGAGUCCCUGAGCACACUGUAGAGAAAACCAGCUCUCCUCAGUCCUCAGCUGCCCAUGACUGCUCUUCUUCCUUUUCUUUUGCUCGACUACAAACUCUGAUACAUCCUUAUUUUUGUUCUUUCAACCACAUUUUCUGCCAAAUGGUAAGAGGUUUGCCAGGCCCAGGGCGUGGGGGAUGCUUUCUGUCACUGUUAAAUGAUUGCACUGUUCCUUGCAAGAAAUGAGUCUUCACGCAUGCUGCCAGUAUUUGGCAUUUCUUCCUCUUACAUUUAAAGACUUUGCUAAUCAGUUCUGGGAUGCAUCCAGUAACACACAAGGUAAGGAUGGCUCCUGGAGUCUCUUCCACCACCAGAUUCUGAAAAGGCGUGUCAGGACCUACCUCACAGGCUGUGCUGGGGGGUUGCUGUGGCUUCUCCUCCUCCCCAGCCCCACUCCUGUGCCCCAGGACGCAGGACAGCAUCUCUACCAGCACCCAGUUUCCCACAGGACUGUGCAGUAUCACCACUCAUCAGCAGGUUGUGAUCCUUAUAAUCCUGAAAAUUACAAACCCAAUGAAAUGCUGUCUCAAUUAACAAUUUUCCUGGUUUUUUUUUCUCGGUGCAUCUGUGGGGGAGGCAACCAUAACUGGCUCCUCCUGGAAAACAGUGUUCCAUAAAUAGCCCAGCUGCUGCCAAAUCUUCCUUAUACAUCCCCCUAGCCACCCCUGGCACUUGGUCAGGGCUUGGCAGCAUCGCCCAGGCUGCAAAGUGAAACCUUCAAGCCAGGGAGGACAGGGACAGCACCCCCAGGCUGCUCCUGCUGCUGGUGGCUCCCCUGGGCCUGCCACGCACUGGUGAGGCAACACAUGCAGCAUUUUGAAAGGUAAAUUCUUGCAUCAGUCUCGAUUUUGACCUGGAUAAGAAUGUAAAACAGCAUCAUCAACCACGCAGUGUUAUGUGCAACAGACUGUGCGAUAUUUGUGGUGGUUAA